GUUUUACGCAGUCGCAGAGCUCUACCUCGAGGCGGAACUGGUGCGUCCCCGGCCCCUGCAAAAGCUAAACACCCGGUGUGAAAGGAAGGUGGCCCCCGGCGGGGCGGGGCGCAUGCGCGGCAGCUCGCCCCGGGGGGAAGGGCUGAGAAGCGGAAGGGGCGGCCAGCUGCUCGCGGUGCGGAGCAGGGUCAGGAUGGACGAGGACGUGCUAACCACCCUGAAGAUCCUCAUCAUCGGCGAGAGCGGCGUGGGCAAGUCCAGCCUGCUCUUGAGGUUCACUGAUGAUACUUUUGAUCCAGAGCUUGCAGCAACAAUAGGUGUUGAUUUUAAGGUGAAAACAAUUUCAGUGGACGGAAAUAAGGCAAAACUUGCAAUAUGGGAUACUGCUGGUCAAGAAAGGUUCAGAACAUUAACUCCCAGCUAUUAUAGAGGUGCACAGGGUGUUAUUUUAGUUUAUGAUGUCACAAGAAGAGACACCUUUGUUAAACUGGAUAAUUGGUUAAAUGAGUUGGAAACAUACUGCACGAGAAAUGACAUAGUAAACAUGCUAGUUGGAAAUAAAAUUGAUAAGGAAAAUCGUGAAGUUGAUAGAAAUGAAGGCCUGAAAUUUGCACGAAAGCAUUCCAUGUUAUUUAUAGAGGCAAGUGCAAAAACCUGUGAUGGUGUACAGUGUGCUUUUGAGGAACUUGUUGAAAAGAUCAUUCAGACCCCUGGACUGUGGGAAAGUGAGAACCAGAAUAAAGGCGUCAAGCUGACACCCAGGGAAGAAGGCCAAGGAGGCGGAGCGUGUGGUGGUUACUGUUCUGUGUUAUAAACUCUGGGAGACACCAUCUCUUGCGAAUUUGAUCAGAUAAUGUCAUCUUUCUGUAUAUAAACUCUCUAACUGCUAUUUUAGGGACCUUGCAGUUUGCACAUAUUUGUUUUGUAUCAUGGCAGUAAAUAUUUGUGAGAAAGCCCACUCAUUGACUUUUCCAGGUAAAACGUAAGCAUGCAGUUUGCAAUCUGCAGUUUUUUAUGUAACAUAAAAUAGGUGUACCUUUAUAAGUACAUUUGAUUUUAUGAUUUACAUUCAUCAUGUGAUUUUUUAAAAAUCCACCUCUCUAGUAUAUGUCGAUACAAAGUCUAGUUUUGGUCUCCUUUUUGCUUAAAUACUUAUCAAUUACUGAAUUAAUUGGUAUUGUAGAACCCCCAGGACCACUGGGAGAUACACAGAUGUCAUCAAACCUGGCAGAUUUCCCUUCAGGACUAACAAAGAGCAUGAUUCCACAGCUUUCCUAGGAUGUUCGCUGACGGAUUCUCUUUAGUACUAAGCAAAAUCCUCUUUGCAGGAUGUGAUUGAGGCCAAUUUAUAAUUAAAUCCCGUUUGUUCUGAUGAUACUUCUGAAGUAGCAUUAAUAUGUUAAAGCAGUUUGGUCUUCCUUGACUUCAAGAGUAGCUCAUUGCUUAGCUGGAGUUUUAAUUCUGUGAUGUGUACAUGGCUUCAUGAGCCUCUGUGCAGCAUUUUGGGUUGUGUGGUGUUUGACAGAAUGGCAAUAAGGUUCCCCCAUUUUGGUUUCAGAAGGACAGGAGUAGUAUGUUUAUGUAACUCAUGUAGCACUUACCACCUUUAAAACCAACACCUUUUCCCAUAAAUGUUGGUGGUGUUUGUUCCGGUACUUCAAUUAUAGCUUGUGUAAUGUUAAUGAAUAUCUAUAUCUUAUGACUUCCAUAAAUGACUAGUUGAUAUUAAAAAACAUAUUUCUGUGUUUUGAGGGUUGGGGGAAAAAACACUAAACUAUAAUUUGAGAAAGGCAUAUUGCUUCCAGAUUUCGAUGUAUAUGGGAAAAUACUGUUGCAGUGAAAAUCUUGGUACAAACUUGUACAGACUAAUAAAUCUUUUACACAGUAUUCAGUUUUGUAACCUCCUGCUAUUGUACAUUGUAUAUUUUUUUCACUCAUGUAUUAUUUAAUAUACAUUGAUCUCUGCUAUUUUAAGUUUCCAGAUAAGUAAUUUGCCCUUUCAGGCAGGCCACUUUAAUACCACUCAGUAAGAUUAAUAAGAAAUACUAAUUUCUGGGCGGUUUGUUCUCUAUAUACAGUUGCAAACGAUAAACAUUUUUGUGGGUCACCUUUACAAUGCCUGUGAUAAUAGACUGAAAUGUAUAUCUUCACAUAAAAGAAAAUCUUAACAUUCUACGUGGUUCACACUUGUUAGAUUGUAUUACAUGGGAUUAAAGGUUUUAUGCGUUGGAUAUGUUUUUACAAAAGAUGAAACAUAUACUACUUUAAUGUUAGAGAAAGAUAGCUAACACAUGUACUUAUGAUUUGUUGUUACAUUAAAACUGUAGAUUUGUAUAUUUAUGUGGUUUCUGUAUUGACAUUACUGUUUAUUGCUGUUUGCUCCUUGAGCCAUAGAAUAUUCUUCCUAUGCAUUGGAUUGUCUUUAUUUGGUCAGAAUUUGGAUACAUAUGAGUCACUUAACCUUUAACAACUAAUUUUGUUUGACUUAUAUUGUAACUUUUUAUAGUUUUUUAAUAAAUCUAGCCUGCUUUCCCUAGAUGCAUUUGUGCAGGAAUAUUAUACAUUUCCUUGUUACUCCCAUCAGCUGAGGAAGUCCUGAAUAUUAUACUACUUCCUAUAUUCUGUAGGAAUAUAGCAUAUAGAUUUUAUAUAUAUAUAUAAAACUCUUGUUGCAAGAGUUACUCUUGUUGCAAGCUUCUUGUUUCAUAGUGUAGGUUUUCUAAAUGAAGUAGUUGUAAUAGCUAAAAAUUGUCACUUAAAUAACAGGAUUUUGUCAGUUCUUCAUUUCUCAGUCAUUUGAAGUUGAGUGCCUUUUGCAGAUGGGGCAAAUUAGAAUGAUUAGAAGUUAGGCUACCCACUCCAGUAUUCUUGGGCUUCCCUUGUGGUUCAGCUGGUAAAGAAUCCGUCUGCAAUACAGGAGACCUGGGUUCGAUCCCUGGGUUGGGAAGAUCCCCUGGAGAAGGGAAAGACUACCCACUCCAGUAUUCUGGCCUGGAGGAUACCAUGGACUAUAUAGUCCAUAUAUGGGGUUGUAAAGAGUCAGACACGACUGAGCAGCUUCCACUUCACUUCAUUCUGAAUUCUGGGAAUACUCAUAUAGAGCUAAACAAACAAAUAACUUCGGUUUAUAUUAAGAGGGAUAGUUAACAUUUAUUGAAGCUUCCUUGGUGUCAGGCCCUGUUCUAAGUGCUGGUUUAUCUCAUUAAACCUCACAGCAACCUUAAGAGAUUGGUUGGUACUGCUAUUAUGCCCAUUUCAAAGAUGAAAAUAAUGAAAUAUGAAUAUUUUAAGGAACUUCCCAAAGAUCACAAAGCUAAUCAGUGAGAGGUGGAUUCCAGUCAAGGCAUCUUCACUCCUGAGCCCAUGCUCUUAACAACCGCUCCCUUUGCUAUGGCUAGUUACUAGCUUUCUGUUUUUUUGUUUUGUUUUGUUUUUUAAAUCUCAAACCAAUUUUUUAAUCUUUCCUUUAAAUCUCCCUCCAUAUGUGUCUUGUGUUUUUUUUCCUUUAUUUUUAUUAGUUGGAGGCUAAUUACUUUACAAUAUUGUAGUGGUUUUUCUGUUUUAAAAUAGGAGGUUUAUCAUUCUUUUGUUAUGUGUAAUAGGUGUAUUUCAGAUUUUUUGGUUAUAGAGUAAAUCCCAUUGAUGUAAACCAACUGUGUAAGUCAUUUUACCUCAAAGUUAGUAGGGUAGGUGGUCCCCUGGUUCUUUUACCUCCUCAUGGUGGAAUGAAAAUCUUUGGCCUAGAAAAGUCAGAACUUAUGGCACCUUAAUUUCCUGUUUAUAAUUGGACAUGAGAAAAGUUAUUAAAUCUGGGAACAGCCUUUUGCUCAAAAUCUAGGGGGUGUUUUCAUUUCAGGUACUCAGCUGCCAUGUACAAAUUCAUACUUGACUUUCUAAUUGAACAUAGUGGAAUUGGUCUUGAUUUUGAUUCAUUGUGAUUCAUGUACUCAAAUACACAUGAUUACAUGAUUCUGUUCCAAGUGUGGGAUAACACAGACCUACCUCAUAUCUAUAAUAUAUUUAAAUACAAUUUAAUGUGUAUUUUUUUCUGAUUUUCAAAUGAAGUGGGAUAAUCCUCUCGAUCCUAUAGGUUGUAGGUCUUUUCAGUAUUCAAGCCUUAUGCUUCUAUAUUUUGAGGUUCAUUUCAUCAGUCAUACUUAGGAGAUUUUUGUGUCCUUCAUUUAUUUUCCCUGGUUAGAGAUGGGAAUAAGAUAAUUUAAUCAGUUUUAGAUGAUUUUAUACUAGUUCUGACCCCAGCUAUGCUGAGGGUAAUCAGCUAUAGAUUUCAUCUUGGGUUUUGUCUAGAAAUGUUGGAGAAAGAGAACGGAAAGAGUAAGCCAAGUCAAGAUUUGGAGAUAAGGAAUAUAGACUUACCCAGAAAUAUCUUGGCGGGGGGGGGAGGGGGGGGGCGGGGACGGUUUGUUGUUCUUGUUCUUUUCUUUUUAAUAGGAACAUCUGUCAGGUUGGAGGAAAGGAAACAUGACUCAAGUUCUGUUACAUUAAGUUUUACUAUUUGUUGGCUAGCCUUUUGUUUCAUUGCCUCUUAGUUACAGCUGUUUUGUCACAGACAUUUCCAAUAGUGGUUGAGCUUUUAUUUUUCAUGGGGCCUGCUCCCUCACCGUCUCUCUCACAUACAAGCAGUGUCUUUUUCUUUCAUUAACCUGAUAAAUAACAAAAGUAUGCAAUUUUAUUGUAUUUCUUUGAUUACUAGUGUGGUUGAGCACUUCUAGUAUUUCAUCAGAUAUUUGUAUUAUCUUCUUUUAUUCCUUUUUCAUGUUAUAUUGGUGUCGCCCAUCCAGCAUCCACGUCAUUCUCAAAGUACCAUCCCCUUUUUCUUUGGAUAACGGCCCUCCGUCACUCACGCAGUUUGGAUGGGAUUGUCACACCGUCAGCUUUAGAGCUGACCUGGUUCUCUUAAACCAGUGCCACUUGCCCCACUCCCCCCAGUACAUGGUUCACGGAUGGGUGACAGACUCAGAUCAAGCCACUUAGUUACAGCAUGUUGGCUAAGCCUCCCUCGGGAACUGCAGAAGGCGACACUUUGUUGGAGAUAAUGUGGGGUGAUAACUCUGAACUUGCUGUAGCCAGUUUUUCUGAUUUAAAGGAGCCAGCUUGAGGGCUGUACUAAGAAAAGGAAAGGGAGUCUGAGUUGGGGCCUUGAUGAAGUCUGGAGCGUCUGGAUCAAACUGCACCUGAAGUUAGCCUUACUUCUGGACUUCUCACUUAUGUGAGCCAAUAAUAUCUCUUUUUGUUUAAGCCAGUUUGAGUUGAAUUUUUUUUUUUUUUAAUCAAAGGUAUGAUGUGGUGUAUACUGUCUUUGUAGGGAUCUUCCUACAUGGGGUUCAUUCAGUGUGUUGAUCACUAUCACUUGAAAAGCUAUUAUUCUUAAAUAACUUAAUAUUUUAGUGGGGUUACUUUCAUAUGUAUUUUUUGUGGAUAUAUAUACAUGUAUCUCGGAGAAGGCAAUGGCUCCCCACUCCAGUACUCUUGCCUGGAAAAUCCCAUGGACGGAGGAGCCUGGUAGGCUGCGGUCCGUGGGGUCUCGAAGAGUCGGGACAUGACUGACUGACUUCACUUUCACUUUUCACUUUUAUGUGUUGGAGAAGGAAAUGGCAACCCACUCCAGUGUUCUUGCCUGGAGAAUCCCAGGGAUGGGGUCGCACAGUCGGACACGACUGAAGUGACUUAACAGCAAAGGCAGCAUACAUGUAUCUAAUUUUAAGGCAAAGGAAAAGAGAGUGGCAGAGGAUGAGAUGGUUAGAGAGCAUGACUGACUCAAUGGACAUGAACUUGAACAAACUCCGGGAGAUAGUGGAGGACAGGAAAGCCUGGCUUGCUGCAGUCCGUGGGAUCACAAAGAGUCGGACACGACUCAGCAACUGAACAACAACAAUAUAAUUUUGAGGGCUUACUUCAUAGGGUCUCGGUUUUUUUUUGGUUUAAUUUCCUCUGUCAUCCUAACACUCACUGUCCCACUUUCCUCCCUGAGAUAAUCAUUGUUACAAUCUGGCAUGUGUAUCCUUUCUGCUAUAUGCAUUAUUUUACUCUUGAUAUUUUACAAAAAUGAGAUUAUCUGUAUAUUCUUCUCUUCAUAUUGCUGUUCUUACCUAACGGUAGAUUCUGAAAAUCCCUUCAAGCCAAUUUGGAUGCAUCUAGCAUCUAUUUCAGCUCCCCAGGUGGCGCUAGUGGUAAAGAAUCUGCCAAUGCAGGAGACAGGAGAUUCAUGGUUUGAUCCCUUGGUUGGGAAGAUCCUCUGGAGGAGGGCAUAACAAUCCACUCAAAUAUUCUUGCCUGGGAAAUUCCAUGGACAGAGGAGCCUGGUGGGCUACAGUCCAUGGGGCUGCAAAGAGACAAUUGAGCAUACACAGCAUCUGUUUCAGUGAUUUUGCAAUAUUAAUAUUCGAUGCUGUGGAUUAUCACAGUUUACUUAUAAAUCAUUCCUCUAGUAUUGGGCAUUUACGUUGUUUCCGUUUUUGCCUUUGCAGAUGGUGCUGCAAUAAAUAUCCUUGUAUGUAUACCUUUUUGUUUCUAUAGGAUCUAACUUCUAAGAGUUGGAUCUAUUGGCCAAAGAAAAUUUAUUUUUUCAUUUUGACGUGUCUUGUAAAUUGCUUUCCAAAAAUCUGUAACAAUUUACAUUUCUACUAGCAGUAUAUAAGGAUAUUCCCCCCUGCAUUCACCAUGAGGAGCAGGAGGUGUCCUCAAGUUUUAAAUUUUGCCACUUUGAUAUUUGUAAGAUGUUAGCUUACAUUAGUUUGCAUUUUCUGUAGAGCAUUUUUUCAUAUUUGGAGUUGCUCUUUUUUGGAAUGAUUAUUCAUAUCCUUUGCCAAUUUUUCUAUUCAGUUUUCUGAUUUUGUGAUGUUUAUGAGCUCUUUAUAUAGCACAGCUACUAACCCAUGUAUUUAAGUUUUAAGCGUUUGUUUCUAACCCAGUGUUUGCUUUUCAGCUUGUUUAUGCUGUGUUUUUUCUUAAAACUUUUUAAAAUAUUUUAUUGUAUCUUUUGGGUUCCUCAGCUCUUAGACUGUACAUGCAAUCUCCUUAACCUCUUCUGAGGCUUAGUUUUUUCUUUUUAAACCUUUACUACCACUACAAUAUUAUAAAGUAAUUAGCCUCCAACUAAUAAAAAUAAAUGGGGGGAAAAAAAAAAACCUUUACUAACUUAGAGUUCACUUUUGCUUAUGACACAAGGUAGGGAACCAUCUUGUAUUUCAUAUGGGAGCCAGCACUUCCCCACUGAGCUGAAAUACUCAUUUUGCCCUCGAUAAAAUUCAUGUAAGUAGUGGAGUCUACUGUGGCCUUCUAUUUUAGUGUCUCUUCACCAAGGAAGGUUAUGGAUUUUAGUGUGUCUAAUUUUCUUUAAUCCUGUGUGUUUGAUUUAUGCUUUAAAAGCAUUCUAGAAGGGCUUUGAAGGUUUCAUCAGAUGACUCCAGAGGCCCGGCAAAACCAAGGUUUUCAUGGUAGUGGCUCUAUAAUAUGUUCAUGACUGAUAAGGCAGGUUCUUUCUCAUUCUUUUUCAAUUUGUUUUUUUACAUAUGAUUCCUUCAUUUUAUCCUUUGCCCGUUUUUCCUUUUUGUGGUCUCUUUUUUUAACAGAGGAGUCCUUUAUAAAAUGUGAUAUGAGUACUAAUCUUUUGUCACUAAUAUAUAUUGCUGAAGUCUCAAAAUUAAUGGUUUGUCUUUUGAAUUUGUUUGAAAAGUAUGUAAUUAAAAAAAAUUUUAAGUAAAAAUUUAAUUAUAAAAACUAGAAUUCUUAUUGGAAUCACUUGGUAAAUAUUUCUAUGUUAAUUAUGAGAAAACUGAUAAUCUAAUGGUAAGACUUGCCCUUAGGAAAUGAGAUACCUUUCUAUUCAGAGUUUAUGCUAUUUUUAUAUUUAUACUUUUCUUUACAUAGGUUCUGAACCUUCUUUUUAAAAACUAUUCCUAAAAACUUUUUUUUUUAAUGUGAAUAGAGUUGGUCUUCUAAUUUUGGAAUCUAUGUAGUUGAUGCUAAUAAGGAAAAGCUAUUAACUUUCCUGUCUAUCCAGCUGACUAAUCAAUUUGGUACUUUGUUUUAAAAAUAAGAUUUCUUUAGUUUUCUAGGUAAAAUAGCGAAAAUAUAAUUUGUAAUUUUGUCAUCGUUCAAUUGCUAAGUCAUGUCAGACUCUUUGCAACCCCGUGGACUAUAGCACACCAGACUUCCCUGCCCUCCACUAUCUCCUGAAGUUUGCUCAAGUUCAUGUCCAUUGAGUUGGUGAUGCGCUCUAACCAUCUCAUCCUCUGCCAUUCUCUUCUCCUUUUGCCUUCAAAAUUGCCUUAAAAUUGUAAUUUUAAUACACAUAUAUAUUUAGAGGAAAUUAUAGCCAUCUGUUUCAUUUCUAAUACCAUUUUGAAUUUGUUUUCUGACAAAGUGGAGGAAACCUCCCAUUUCACAACCGCUGCUAAGGUCUGCAACCUUUCAUUCAGUUCCUCGAUAAGCCCUCCCAGCCCCCUCCCAGGCCAGGGCUCUUCUUAGGCAGGCCAAGCUCUCCCUCAGGGCCACCAUUUUCUGCUUUUUUCAUAUGCAGUCAUAGACUGGACUGUCGUUUCUAUUGAUGCCAGCUUCAUGUCUUGCAAGAUUCAUGAGCUUGAGGGUUCUUUUUCUACAUGCUGAAAUAAUUUUAAAAAUGGGUAUUGCCUGUUUUUUUAAUUAUUAUUUUAAUUAGAGGCUAAUUACUUUACAAUAUUGUAGUGGUUUUUGCCAUACAUUGAUAUGAGUCAGCCAUGGGUGUGCAUGUGGCCCCUGUCCUGAACGCCCCUCCCACCUCCCUCCCCAUCCCAUCCCUCAGGGUCGUCCCAGUGCACCAGCCCUGAGCACCCUGUCUCAUGCAUCAAACCUAUACUGGCGAUCUGUUUCACAUAUGGUAAUAUACAUGUUUCAGUGCUAUUCUCUCAAAUCAUCCCACCCUCGCCUUCUCCCACAGAGUCCAAAAGACUGUUCUAUACAUCUGUGUCUCUUGCUGUCUCGCAUAUAGGGUCAUUGUUUAUUGCACGUUUCCUAGACUUGGGUCUCAGUUUGUUCAAAUUGAAAAUGAGAUAAUAAUUGUCUCAACACUUUCUAGGUUUGUUCUGAGCACUAAAUGAGUUAAUAUAAAGCGCAACGGUGCACUUCAGUACAUUUGUGAAGGUGAAAAUCGCUCAGUCGUGUCUGACCCCAUGGACUGUAUAUUCUCCAGGCCAGAAUACUGGAGUGGGUAACCUUUCCCUUCUCCAAGGGAUCUUCCCAACCCAGGGAUUGAACCCAGGGGUCCCACAUUGCAGGCAGAUUCUUUACCAGCUGAGUAACAGUACGUUUAAUCUGUUAGUAAUAAUAGCGUAGUUGGUGAUGGACAGGGAAGCCUGGCGUGCUACAGUCCUUGGGAUCACAGAGUCGGACACAACUGAGUGACUGAACUGAAUAAUAGCAUAUCGUGGUUAUUGGUCUUCUCAGUUUUUCUAUUCCUAAGUCAGUUUUUAUAAUUAAUGUAGAGAAAACAAAGUUUGGGGGGGGGGUUGUUUUUUUUCCUUUGGAGGUUUAAAAUUUUUCUGAAACAAAAUUGGAUAUACUCACUUGAAAAUUAGUUUUUUAAGGUUAUGGUUUCUCAUUACACAUGUGUAUAUGUAUAUUUUCCUUUUUUCUUCAGCAAGUGCUUUUUCUCUGUGGUCUUUUUAACAAGAAGAAAAGUAGUAUAGAACAGUGAACUGGAAAUGAAUGAUACUAUGAUUUCCAAGGAGAGCCAUUAAGUGCAAAUGAGGUAUCUGUUGAAAAUGCUGCCAGGUUCCCUGCAUUGUGGAGUCCCGGAUGUUGUCAGCCUACCUCACAUCAGGCUCUAAGGCAUCUUGUGCAUCCCAGACUCUGAAGUCCAAACCUGCCACCACAUCAGGAAACGGUCCAGACUCCUGGCCAUGAGGCAGUUGUCCUUUUGAGAUUCAUGUACCUUCAGCCACAUUUUCUUCACUAGGAAUUUUAAGCUUCUUAAAUAUUCCUGUGUCAUACUCAUACCACCUUUUUUUAAGGUUAAAAAACACAAGCAACAUCCAAGUUUUCUCUAAAACAACACUAAUAAAUGUCACAGUGCUGGGUAGAUACCAUAACCAUGUACAUUAAUAAACAAGUCUGUUAAUGUACCUCUUGCACAGUUCACUGUUCAUUAAUAGAAGUACAAAUAAACGAUUCUUACAGAA